UAUUGCCAACGCAUGCGCAGUAGAGCGCCGGACCCACCUGAUGUUAGAGCUGCUGUGGUCACUAUGUUUUGAUGCCAAUAGUGAGCUGGAAUCGUGACACAUGUUACAUAGACGUUGUAACUCGUGAGCACAGGCUCUGAGAAGCAAGUUCAACCAUAGCCAUAACAGCUACAAGCUAUGAAGACCUAUACUACAUUAAGUGCCGAUACGUAGACUCAGUUCUUUCUAGCCAUAGCGUCGAAAAGGCAACAUAUUUCAACUAUGGCUAAUAAUGGAAGAGACGUUGAAUCGAACGUCAACAGUGACGAUUGGCAGCAUGAAGUAUCGCAAGGCCCAAACUGUGGCUGUAUAUUUCCUUUCCUGCUCAUCGAAGGCAUGGUGCACUUAUCGAUCUACAUCUACAAAUUAGUUGAUGAUUCGCGCACCGUUCUUGAGUACUGGGAGAAACGACAGCGGUAUGCGCUCCUGAUCAGUGCAAGUUGCCUGCUGGCACCCACGCUCAUCUACGCUAUUUACGAAGUGCUUCGCACGGUGUCAUCGGAACAGAGCGACCUACGCAAUGUGCUUACCAAAUUGGUAAAGGGGAUUUUAUUAAUCCCGUGGCAAAUAAAGGGACACUGCGAGAUGCUCGCUUUCUCAGCCGACAAAGUUUGCCAAUAUCGUGAACUCGAACCAAAAGAACAACAGGAACUAUCCAGAAUUAAGCAAGAAACGUUCGUCUUUGAAUUCUUUGAAGACUUUUACUCCGGCUUCAUCCAGCUGCUACUACAAUUACAUUUUGUGAACACCAUGUCGACAAAAAGCAACGACAGCUUCGUGAUUUACUCGGAAAUUAUCGGCUCGACAUUAGCAGUACUAUCUCUCAUCAAGGCUUUGCAACGUCGCGACGACGGCUGCCUUACGAAAACACUGUCAUUUAUUGGAUGGGUAUCUUACUGUGCGUCCCGUGCAUUGGCCUUCGCGCUGCUCUCUUCCGCACUGGGAGGCGCCGUUGUCAUAGGAGUGAUCCUUUCGCAUACGGGAGUGGCGACGGCGUUGGUCUUUAAAAUCAUAAAGGACAGUCAUUGUGAGGAAAGGGAGCGAGCCUUAAAAGAAGGAUGUACCCCCAACUUACCUGCAAAAACGAAUAAUGGUGUUCUCGUUGUGCUCGCGUUUUUUUUGUUUGGCCUGCCGUCGAUAAUGUAUUGGCCUAUGAUGUUCGUGUUUAAAAGAAAAUUAUUUGUAUUUUGCUUUCUGUCCGCGGGAGUCAUCGAGAAUCUACUUUGUACACUGGCAUGGUUCAUCUGGAAAAAUCCUCAGCUUGACCACAAACUCAGCACCAAAUUCGCUUUGGCAGUUAUCGUGCUUACCGCUUUAGGCACAGUAUUCAUUGUGCUAUACACACUUCUCAAACCGGAACUGUCGGACCGGGUUGUUCUUUCGCACAUACUCGAAACGAACUCAAACAGAUACGGCAUAUUUUACGAUUUCUGUAAAGCGGUCCACGUGUUACGUGUAGUUAAAGACAUCGAUUAUCGGAGGGAGCAGUUGCAGAGGCUGCGUCCUGAGCUGAUUUCGACGCAGCAGUAGAUGGCGAAUCAGUGAUCCGAAACCCCCUUUUCAUUGUUCUCACCAUAGGAUGAAGGGCUCAAAGCUAGACGCUUUAUUUUUUCUACGAACAGCGGCCAAGGAUCAAGUGGCUCGAACCACCUAGAUCAACAAACUGAAAGUCCCAAAAUUGGAAUGAAACUUCGGAUCUGAAUGAAAAGAGGUACGUUUGUGCCUGUCGCGUCAGCUGAUCGUCAUCAUGCAGUGAUAUUGGAUUAACUAUUUAUUUGCUGAUUUACCUUUCAAAGGUACUCUACGCGUCGAAGUGAUGUUCCUUCAAUGACGUGAUAGCAUGCUAUGCAUUGCGUCUUAUUAUAUAUUGUGUUUUUUGCUUUGAUUUUUGUCUGAUUUUCUAUCGGUUUAAGUGCUUGUGCGGCACGCAACCGGAACGAAUGUUUGCUUAACUGCUUAUUUGUAAAGGGUGUGCUAUUUGAUUAUGAGAAAAUAAGUCGUUGACCUGCUAUACAAUAAAUGCAAAUAGAUAUAAUUAACCGAUACAUGCA